UUGUCAAAUGUGUUUAUUCAUUUUGUUUGCGUCAUCAAAUCUAAGAGUAAAACCGAAGUUGGGUUUUGAAAAGAAACCGUUAAAGUGUUUGCUUGAAGAGACGAUUCCAAUUCCCAAUCCGUUUGGUCCCAAAAUCAUGACUUCCGGCGAAUCCAGCAGAGACGACGAGUUUAGAAGUAGUAAUUUGACAAUUUCUCCACCGUCGAAGCAACAGAAAGUGAGAGUUAGUGGAGUUGAAGAAACCCUAGACCGACUCAGUGAGUUGCCGGACUCGCUCCUAGUUCCAAUUCUCUCUCUUUUGCCGACAGAGGAUGCAUUCGCAACAUGUAUUCUCUCUAAAAGGACCCUCGUACAAGAUAAUCUUCAAAAGGUGAGUUGUGCAACGGAGCUAACAAUCGGAACUUGGUUCACAGAGGUCCUGUGCAUGUUCCAGUUCAAAGAGGUGCUAAUUCCAGAAUCAAAAUGCAAACAUCUGACCCUAGAGUUGCAUAUGAAAAAGUUUAACUUGUAUGGAGUAGCUGGCUUUUUGCGAGCCUCGCCUUAUGUGGAGACACUCAACAUAGACAUGGAUACUACUGAUUCAGAUGAAUCCCUCUGCAAGUAUGAGUUAAAAUAUUUGGCCAGAGGAGAUAAUAUUGAUUUGCAGAGUUGGAUUUCCAGCUUCGUGUUUCCCAACCUCAAGAAAGUUAAGAUUGUCAUCUCCUCCGGGGUGUGUUUGAAAAAUCAUUUCAACUGGGGCUUUGACAAGCUGUUUAAACUCUCAGAAUUUCUGUUGAAGAGAGCAACGGUUUUGGAAAAGUUCGUUCUCAUAUCAAAAAGAUGAAAGUGCAAGAGGUGUUCAAUGAACUGUGUAUCCCGAUAUUUAUUUCGAAUGGCUGAGAAAUUGUUAGGUUGCCCAAGAUCCUCCACCAAUUUCCUGAUUAUCUUCCAGGAGUGAGCUUUGCAUAACUUGGCUGCUAGUAGUUCUCUCUCAGGAUAUGAGAAAUGUUGUUUUAUAUUGAGUUUUUGAUAAACUGCUCAUGCAGUCAUAAAUCUUUAACUCCUCUAUGUAACUAAUUACACUAUUCUAAUCCUUGUGGCAUACCAAAUGAUAUGGUAGCUUGGUUUCUCUUGAAGCA